AUGGAGAAACCAACUGAGAAGGAAACAAAGCCAACAAACGAAAACGAACCAGGCAAAGAAAGCAGCACCGAAGGGGUUCCAUUUAAUAAGGACAGUCCUUAUCUGAAAUACGAUAACUUAGAGGAUUAUAAGAAACAAGGUUACGGUACACAAGGUCACCAGCAACCUACGGAAGGUCGUGGAGCUGGUUCUACGGAAGCGCCAACUCUCUCUGGUGCUAACGUUUCUUCUGAGGCUGAGUUCAAAGCUGCUGAUGCUGUUAAUCGAAAAGGAGUUCCGUAG